GAGGGGCAUAGGUUAUCUCAAACUGGGUGCCACGCAAAAAAAGCUGAAAUUGCAGCAGUACUUUCAUGAUCGCAGAAUCAAGGGCUUUUUUUAUCGUUAUGGCCCCGCCGUUGAUCAGGACUUAUUUUUGACAAUUUUUUGGAGUGGUUGGCAAGUGGCUCCAAGCCCAAAAUUUUAUUUUUUCAUCCAUCUCUGCUUACCGCAAACCCAACUUUAUCCAACACGCUCUUGUUCGCAUUAUCACGUAUUUACCUUAUCUAUACAUCAUCCCUCAUGUUUUCGCUGUGCAGACUAGCUGCCGCUCGACUGGGCACGAAUGCAGCAGUGACCGCCCCGCGGCAGCUGCACACAGGAAGCGCAGCUUUGGCCGAGAUGAAACGGCGGGCGCUGCCGACCACAACGUCUAUUAAAUACACGAUACCCACGGAUCCGUAUCUCUUGGCACAAAAGUUCCGAAACGUCUUGCAGCAGGGCAAACUUGACGACGCAGUGGCCAUAGUGAUGCAGUCCAAAAAGCGCGACCAGUCGGGUGUAGUCUGGAACCUCGUCAUUGACGCAUACGCGCAAGACGGGCGGCUAAGCCGGGCACUCCGGGCAUUCACAGAGAUGCGGCGGCGAGGCUUCCCGCCUACGCCCACCACAUACACGGCCUUGUUCAAGGCGUGCUCGCUGAGCAAUUCGGAGAACAGCAUGGAUAUGGCUGACGAAUUGUUUGACUCCAUGAGUAAAUACGGUGUCAAGCCGACGAUCAUCAGUAUCAAUGCGCUGCUUGCUGUUUAUCAGCGCAAACAUAACGUGGAGGCCAUUUUGGAAAGAUUCAACUCGCUAUCGGCGGAUGGCCCGGAUGCGCCGACGCUUGCUACGUAUACGAUUGUGCUAUCGGCGCUGCGUCGUGAGCUGCAGAUCAGGCUGGCUGAGAUCACUCAGAAGUCCAAGGACGGCAACGCAGUUGUGCACAAUGCCCGGCGUAUGGCUCUGCUUAAGGAGCACGUGCAUCAGACAUUCGGUGCGCUGAUGAAUACAUGGGCUGCAUUUGCCGAGGACGCCGCCCACCGCUUGGAUGAGCCCAUGGACGGCACUCCGCCGCUGCACAUUGAUACCCGCGCCAUCAACACAGUUUUGAAGGCCUGCCAUGCGGUGUACAAGGAGAACCGCGCGCUGGGCAGGCAGGGACUCCGGGUCAUUGAGCUCGCCUACGGAUUGACAAAAGCCCUGCCUUUGGCACUGCGCAUUCGCCGGGCGGCUCCGGGGUCUGGUGGCGAUGCUGGAUCCAGCGGUGCCGUCGUCGAUAGUACGACAAUUGAUCUGGCCUUGGAGCUUUGUAUCCGCGAUCGCCAGUUCACCAAGGCUGUGCGCUUCUGGAGCUCGCUCGAGACUAACUUUGGCCCGCUGAUCAAACCAUCAAAGGCGAACCACGCGCUGUACCUUGAAUGCCUGAGCGCGCGCCUGCGCCAAAACGAGACGGCCUAG